UUCUUUCAAAAUGGCGAAGAGACGUGACGGGAAAAUCCUUCCUAGUGAAGUGGUGGAAGUAGAAAGUCUUUUGUUAAACUUAAAACAAAGAACCAAAAGGAAAUUGGCAGAUCGUGAUUCAAGUGAGGAAUCACAUUAUUCCUGGGACAGAGAUGCUUUCUUCCAAAGGGUGCAAACCUUCUCAGUAUCUACAUGGUUUGGAAAGCCUGAAAGAUUAUCUCCCCUACAGUGUGCUAAGUAUGGCUGGAGAAACACAGAAUCAGACAUGCUGCAGUGUGGUGUAUGCCGUGCAGUGAUCUGUGCCACAUUACCUUUCAACUUUGACCCCAAAAUCUAUAAAACAUGUGUUAAAAAUUUAAUGGACAAAUUGAAGUCUGGCCAUGAACAGGCUUGUAAAUGGAGGUCAAACCCUACUCCAGAUUCUGUACUUCAAAUUCCCAUGGACAAUAAAGAAGAGGUCAUUAAAGAAUUCAACAAGAGACUACAAAGCCUACUGCCUUGUAGAAGUAAACUUCCUUACAUCAACAUGGCAACCAUAGAGGCUAAGGGAGUUACAGAUGCAGAGUUGACAACACUUGCUGAGAACUUGAUGAAUUCUGCCAUUAACAAAGGAGUAGAUGAUCGGGAACUCAUGAGAAAAGCUGCUGUUAUCUCACUUUGUGGUUGGAAAAUCAGGUCAGACGAUGUGGAGGACAUCUUGUCCUGUGACUUCUGUAGGAGAAACAUUGGGUUGUGGAAUUAUAAAUCUCCACAUUGGCACCAGACUCAUGUCAUGGCAGAGCAAGACACCACAGAAGGUUUAGAUCAGACAGAAACUAUAGAAAGAGUUACACAGAUUGAGAAAAACUUUGAAGAAGUGCAAGACAGCAUAGAAUCUGUAGAAAGAGUUACAGAGAUUGACAAAAGCUCAGAAAAUGUGCAAGACAGAGUAGAAACAGUAGAAAGAGUUACAGAGAUUGACAAAAGUUCAGAAAAUAUGCAAGACAGUUGUACAGACAAAGACAAUGAUGAAAAUGGACUUGAAAAUUCCGGUGAAAAUAAAAUAUCUGACAGUGUGCAAGAAUCUAGUGCUGAAGUCCCUCAAACAGAAGGUGAAUCAGAUAUUGUUCAAAAUGGUGCUUUGGUGCAAGAUAAGGAAAAUAAAGGCCAGGGUGGUUGCAAUGAGGAUAUAAAUGAAUCAAAUAUGGAGACACAUUCUGGUGAUACAUGUACAGAGUAUAUGACAAAAACGGACAGUAAUGGUACAGAGGAUGAAUGUAUGACUAAAGGAGACAGUGAUUUAAGCGAAGAGUCAAAACCUGAUGUAGACAUUCAAAGUGCUAAAGACUUUACAGAUACGGAUGCUUUACAAGCCAGGGACACUGAUGAUGUUAAUGGUGAAGAUAGUGCAAGACUAUUAAAUUCUGAUCUAGGUGAUGAUGUGAAAGACUUAAUUGAUGACAAAGAGAAAGUUGAAAAUGAUGACCAUAUCUCUAAAGAUCAAGGAAUACAAGAAAGUGUUACAGAAACAGUUACGGAGAACAUUGAGGAAAUGAAAUCUAAUCUUCAGACAGAAUUGUCCAAUGGUAAUUCCAAAGAGGAAAAUGUUACCAAGGAGGAUAACUCUUCAGACACCUCCCAGGAUCAGACUGAGGGGCCUCCUAAAUCCCCUGACAGACCCUCCAGCACCACACAGACAAACAGUACCUCAGACACGGUGGAGAGACCCAGAAAGAGAGUAAAACUAGAAGAAAAAGAGAGCUUUGAUCCUUUGGCAGAACAUCGAACUUGGUGUCCUUGGUUACAGAAGUCAUGUGACACGAGUCCCUGGAAACGGUCUGGCAGUGAGGGAAUGUUACCAUGGAGGAAAAUACUGUAUAUAGUGUGUCCAAGUCUGAAGGAGGAAGGGGAGGAAAAUUCUCUCAGCUAUCAGUAUAAACAGGUUUCUCCAGUUGCAGCGUUACAGAGGGUGUGCAGAAUUCUUAAUGACUGGACGAGAACAGAGUCAAAAGAUUAAAUCAGCUGUAUGGUUGAAAACAAGUACAUGAAUAUGAACUUCAUUGAUAGGCCAAAUAUGUGACUCUUCAGUUUUAGAGCACAGGACUAAAAGAUUAAGAUAUUGAAUGUCAUUUACAGCAAAUCUUGCUAUUUCCUUUGAUCUUGUUACAGAUUUUUUUCCUCUAUCUGGUUGACAUUCAUCAUUGUUAAUAAAAUAGUUUUUUUCUUUUUGUAUUGGUUCUGCAAUUUUUAAGCAAUUAUAUAAAUUUUUAAGCUUUCUCUCUCAGUCAUUCAAUCCGAGUAUAAAGGCUACAGCAGAAAAAAUAACAACUUAUUAAUCAAUGUUUGUUUUCUAUGCUGAUUGAAAGUAUCUUCAAUAAAAAUUCAUUGUUUUGACUUGA